CCGUAACUGCUUCAAACGUACAAGUACUAAACGAUAUCGGUACCGUUUCAGACAAAAAGGUUACCACUUUUCUCUCUCACUUUAGAUCACUCCCGCCGGUGACGCAAAUCCAAUCCACGGGUCUUCUUUCGUGAUGUCUGGGCGAGAUAGGAUCAGCGAGUUGCCGGAGUCACUGUUAACUCAAAUACUCUCAUACCUUCCGACAAAUCAAUCGGUCCAGACAAGUGUUUUGUCGACAAGAUGGAAGAAUCUGUAUCUAAGUGUUCCUGGUCUUGACUUAAACUGCUCUUUUAUUCGUUAUGAUGCUGACGAAGUGUUCUUAACCUUCAUUGACAAGCUUCUCGAGUUUAGCCCUGAGUCAAGUCUGUUUACAGUCAAGGUUAAGUGCAGAGACACAAUGAUAGAUGGGUUCAAGGACCGGAUCGGUACAAUGAUUAACCGGGGGACACAACAUCUCGAUGUUGAGAGCAGUAUCUAUUAUUUCGAGGACGACAAUUCUCUCUAUCCUAUUGUUGACAUGAUGCCUAUGAAUCUCCUCACGAGCAGGACAUUGGUUUACUUAAAGCUCUCCUCUUCUGGUCUUAUGGAUCCUGGUUUUGUUUACAUGCCUUGUCUUAAAUUCAUGCAUCCUGAAGAAGUCAAAUGGCGUGUGCAUCUGGAGAAGCUUCUCUCAGGGUGUCCUGUUCUUGAGGAGCUGACCUUGUUGAGGGAUAUGGAUGAUGAUUAUGCAAUUGGGAAUGAUGAAUUUGGGGUUAUGCUUGUGAGGUCUCAGAGCUUGAAGAGGUUUAGUGUGCUGCCGCUUAGGCAGGUUGGGGAUUACCAUUCCAGAGUGGAAUGCACGCUUGAGAUUGAUGCUCCGGGGCUUGAGCAUAUGAGUCUCGGAGAUGAUCAGUUUGAUAGCAUUGUGGUAAAGAACCUGAGUUCUCUGUUGGUGGUUGAGCUCGAUAUCAAGUUUUUUGUCAAGGUUGGCGUGCUUUUUAAUACAUGGAACGUAUCAAAGAGCAACGAGAUCCGCGAGUUUCUCAAUGGGAUAUUGAGUGUAAGAGAUAUGAUCAUCUUUGGGAUGACAGUGCAUGCCUUUGAACAUUACUCAAAAGCAGGAAUCAUCCCCAAGUUCAACAACUUAUCCCGUUUACAAGUAGUGUUCCAUGGCAAGUUAUUGCAGUUUCUUCCAGCCUUUCUUGAGUGUUGCCCCAAUCUCAAACACCUAGUCUUGAAGAUUGUUCAUUCAGAGGAGAUGGAGGAGGGAUUGGAACUCACAGAUGUGCCACGGUGUGUCUCAUCGACUCUAGAGUGUGUUGAGAUACAAGAGAAACUUGAAUUGGGGGAAGGGAAGAUGAAAGCAACCAGUUACUUUCUUGCAAACUCGGCAGUGCUGAAGAAACUCAUCCUGAGUCCCACAGCUUAUGAUCCUCGAAAUGUUGUGGAAUCAGAGAUAUGGGAGAAGGUUAAUAAACUCACAAAACGUUCCACAGGAUGUGAAAUUAUCAUUCGAGCCAUGAAGGAGGAGGUUGUUAUCCUUGAUGAGUCUUCUUCUUAGUUCUGGUUGGAUUCCAUUGACCAUCGUCAGUAUGACUGCGAAUCUUCUUCUUUUUUUCUUCCAAAAGUCCCAAUCUCAGUUUCUUGGAUGUUUUGAUAAUGAUGAUAUUGCCUCUUAAAUUUGGUUUUAC